AUGAACACAGCUCGACCCACCACCACCUUCACCCCGCCCGACCAACGCGCCCAGCUGCUCGAGCAGGUGUCUUUGUUUGCCAACGGGGUGCGUCGGCUGAGCAACAAGAUGAAUAGUCAAGGCGGCCUGUCGAAGAGCGAAGAGGGCCUUCUGGACACCCACAUGCACCUGCUUCGGCAGAAGGUGUACCAGCUGCACGGGCCGAUGGUCUUCAUUCCUCAGCCACCCCAACGUCAUCAUCAACAACAACAACAACAACCUCAGCAUCACCUCCAUCUACAGCAGUCGCUGAUGACCCAGCCUAUCAACCGUCACAUUGCGCCCUGCAGCGACAGCCCACCAACAACGGCACCACGACCAGCAUCGCCGCAGAGGCGACGAACCAAGCGCAUGUUUACAGACAGGGCGUGCCAUCACUGCGAGACCCGCUUCACCAGCCAAUGGCGUACUGGUCCCUCCGGUCCCUCCACGCUGUGCAACGCGUGUGGAAUCCGAUACGCGCGACAGGUCAAGCUCGACCGAGCGCGACGGUCCUCGUCGCCUGCCGCCGCCUCAUCACCGAUCGCCGAGGCAUCGCCCCUUCUGUCCACCGGCGCCACUUCUCCACAGAGCCAGCCUGAUUCUCCGCCGCUUGCUCGAGCAAGCGUCCACUUCCUUCUCAACUGA